GAAACACACCUGGGUCCAGUUUUUGUGAUUGAGGCUUAGUAAAGCUCAGACUGCAGCCUGAGACUGUGCAAGAGAACAGUUCCAGACUGAAAGCGUUAUGGCUGAAUCCGACUGCAGAAAUGAGAACAGCCUAACUCUGAGCAGUAGUACUCUCGCCAGCCUAUACUCCUGGAUUGGAAAUGGUCAACCGGUGAAUCAUUUUGUGUCACAAAUACAAACCAUGAGGACGGAAGAGCAGCAUGCACCGGAGUUAUCUCUGGAAACCAACAGUGCUGAAGACGCUGGAAGCCUUGAAGAGAGCAGUGACUCCUUGAGCCAGCUGGAGGACUGCAGUCCUCCCUCAGAUAUGUCUUCAGCUCUCUGGUCAGUGUCCAAGCUGUUCUCGUCUGUGUUAGAUGAUGAGGAUAGUGGCACAGAAGGUGCAGCAGAUCCAGCUGAGGAGGAAACACUGGAUGUGUCGUUCCAGUCAAAGUACAUUCAUGUUUUCCCACUGUAUCAGGUCUACUGCCUGCAGAUGGUGAAAGAGGGUCUGGACAGAAUGAACAAAGGCUUUGUGUCUAGACUGAUAUCACCUCAGUAUGUGCAGGGUCUGCAGUCCCGCCUUAGUCUUCCCUGUCCAUCUGAGACUGCAUCCCCUCAAUUAAACUCUGCUGAACCUGCUCCAUCCUCACCUCCACCUCAGCCGAUCAGGGUAACUCCAUGUACCCUUUGGCAAAAUCUAGAUGAGGUGAAGGCAUCUGGCCUGCUCAACAGCUUGACAAACAGAGAGAUUCGCCUUCAGGAGACGACGUUUGAGUUGAUCGGCUCUGAGGCAUCUUACCUACGGAGCCUUGGAGUUGCUGUCAAUCAUUUCUAUGCGUCAAAGGCACUGAAACAGACCCUGUCUCGAAUGGAGCAUCACAUUUUGUUUUCCAACAUUCGCCGUGUGAUGGCAGCCAGUGAAAAGUUUCUUAUGGAUCUGGAAAUUCGACUAGGAGAGAAUAUAUUAAUAUCUCAGGUCGGAGACAUUGUGCUGAGUCACUGCCCACAGUUUCACAGCCUCUACGUGCCAUAUGUGACUAACAUGAUGUACCAAGAAGCUCUCGUAAACCAGCUGCUGCAGCAGAACCGAGACUUCUUGUAUUCAAUCAAGAAGCUUGAGAGUGACCCUGUGUGUCAAAGACAGAGCCUCAAGUCAUUUCUUGUCCUCCCCUUCCAGAGAAUCACUCGCAUUAGACUCAUCCUAGAGAGCAUCCUGAAACUGACUGAACCAGACUGUGACACGAUUCUGAAUCUUGAGAAAGCAAUUGAAGCAAUUCAUGAGAUAGUGACCGACUGUGACAAGGGCGUCCGAAAAAUGAAACAAAUCGAGGAGCUGGUCUGCCUGGAAAUGCUGUUGGAUUUUGGCAAAGUUAAGGCAGUUCCUCUGGUCGUAAGUGGGCGUUUUCUGGUGCACCAGGGUCCUGUGAGACAGCUGAUUGUGGAGGCUGCUUACAGCCCGAGAGUGUCCUUCAUCAGCAUCUACCUCCACCUCUUCAACAACCUUCUGAUCAUUUCCACAAAGAAAGAUCAGAAGUUCACAGUUGUGGAGUACGCAGAGUUCCCCACACAUGUGCACCUUGAGCAUCUGAAGACUGAGGUCCUGGGUCUCCCUCCAGACUCUUUCCUGUUGCGUCUUUCUCAAAGUCAAACGGGACAACCAACUGCCAUGAUACUUGUUACACACACAAGGUCAGAUAAAGAGGCCUGGGUGGAGGCCCUGUCAUCUAAACAGUGAUGGAAGUAUGAUCCAGCGAUUUUGAUUUUUACUUGCGCAUUGGGAAUAUAAACUUGUUCACUUUUUUUAAGGUUUAACUUAACUUGAAUGCACUUAAUGUUUGUGAUCUUUAUGAGCACUCUAGAGCAUUAUGACACGACACAAAGUAUUCAGAUGUGCACUAAACUUAGCAGAGAAACAACACACAGGUGUAAGGGAAUACUUUUUUUAAUUUGGAAUAUUUUUUUCCUUGUACUAAAAUACUGGCCUUUUAUGUAAUGCCCCCUUUAUUUU